UUUUCAAAAAGAGAAAAAAAAAAUAGAGGAAACUGGAGCCAAAUUUACCUCAUCCUGCCACUGCGUCUCCUUCCCCUUGCUCCUCCACGGUUUCCGCCGCGAUUCCGCGAGAGGGGAAGCGCCGCGGCCACGUGAGAAUCCGUGAACGAAUCGGCUCUUCCUGCCGUGGGAGUAUUUCUGAGCUUUUUUGUGGGGGGGUGGUUUGUGUGCUCGGCUUGCGCUGUUCUGGUUUAGGAGGAGGAGGAGGAGGAGUUGGUCAAAUUCAUAGCUUGAUUACGAAUCGUGGAGAUCUGUGGGAAAUUCAGUUCUGUUGGGUCUGUGAUUUGGUUCUAGUUUAGUUGAAGGUAUCUUGAUGUUAUCAGUCUCUAUUUCGUUUGCUGCUUUGGGUCAGUGAGCCGCGAGAGAGCUCAACAAUUCGGUUGUUUGUCACAAGAUUUGGCAAAAUUAGUGUGAAAUUUUCGGAUAUAAUCAGCUUCGAAUUUUUAGUGAGUGGUCGUUCCCUUCCAUUUCUAGUGGAUUCAGUUUGGGGAAAAGGGAUUACCUGAUCCUUGACCAUUUCAACUGCAAAAAAGGAUUGUGUGUUUGGUAAUUAUUCGGAAGUUACUCAGUUCCCCAAAAAGAGUUUGUAGCUGUUGCUUUUCCAACUCUUGAUCAGAAAGGUUUUGGAUUUAUGAUCGUUGUAUGACAUCAAAGAUGGCGCGUAAAGAAGCAAAGCUGCAAAGUGUUGCAGAAUCUGCGAUACGGUCCAUUGGUCUUGGCUACGACAUUGCUACCGAUAUCCGUCUCAAAUACUGCAAGCAGCGCAGUUUGCCUGACCCAUUGCUCAUUGAGCUUGAACAUGACAAGGUUCAGGAUAUUGUGCUUCCUGGUAACCUGACGGUUGCUGGUGUGCCUAAGUCAAUCAAGUGCGACAAAGGAGAGCGUAUGCGGUUCCGGUCUGAUGUCCUAUCAUUUCAGCAGAUGUCCGAGCAAUUCAACCGAGAGUUGUCAUUGUCUGGGAAAAUUCCAUCUGGCUUGUUCAAUGCAAUGUUUGAAUUUACUGGAUGCUGGCAGAAAGAUGCUUCUAUUACCAAAUCACUUGCCUUUGAUGGUUGGUGUAUCACACUGUACACUGUUGCACUCUCAAAGGCACAGAUAAUACUGCGGGAUCAUGUUAAACAGGCUGUUCCAUCAACAUGGGAACCUGCUGCCUUAGCAAGGUUUAUUAGAAAAUUUGGGACUCAUAUAGUCGUUGGUGUAAAAAUUGGAGGAAAGGAUGUAAUUUAUUUGAAGCAACAACACUCAUCGAGCUUGCAAGCUGUUGAUGUUCAAAAACGAUUGAAAGAGAUGUCAGAUCGGCGAUUUCUUGAUGCAAAUGGGAACUCUGACAUUAGUUUGGCAGAUUCAUAUGCUAAAGAUAAGGUUGACACAAGAGAGCAACGGCUGAGAUUUGUAGAGUCCAGUCCAUUAAAUUCUUACGCUUCUAAUGAGGAUUUGGUCAUGAUUCCUAAGCGAAGAGGUGGAAGGGAUAAAGAUAUCAUUUCUCAUAGCGACUGGCUGAGUACUGUUCAAGCAGAACCUGAUGUUAUAUCAAUGUCCUUCAUACCUAUUACUUCACUGUUGAAUGGAGUUCCUGGCUGUGGAUUUUUGAACCAUGCAAUUAAUCUGUACCUUCGGUAUAAGCCCCGAGUCGAGGAAUUGCACCAGUUUUUAGAGUUCCAGCUUCCAAGGCAGUGGGCACCUGUCUACAGUGACCUCCCUCUUGGUCCUCAGAGGAAAAGACAAAGCAGUGCAUCUUUACCAGUAAAUUUAAUUGGUCCAAAACUUUAUGUUUGUACCAACAUGGUUGAUGUGGGCAAAAAACCUGUUACAGGACUUCGGUUGUUUCUUGAAGGACAGAAGAGCAACAAACUAGCUAUCCAUCUCCAGCAUCUUUGCUCUCUUCCUCAGAUUAUUCAGCUCACAGAUGACACAUGCAAUAACCAAACUCCAGAAGCAGAUAUCCGUAGAUACUACGAACCAAUUGGUUCGUGGAAGCGUUUCUCCCAUGUCUGCACUGCACCAGUUGAGUCAGAUGAUUCCUCCAUCGUCACAGGGGCACAGCUAGAAGUGGUCAGCCAAGGUUUCAAGAAAAUACUCUUCCUUCGCCUGCAUUUCUCCAAAGUCUGCAAUGCCACUUCUGUCAAGAACCCUGAGUGGGAUAAUUCUCCAAACCUGGGUCAGAAAUCAGGCCUCAUCUCAACACUCAUCAGCACACAUUUCUCCACAGCAGCUCAAAAACCGGCACCACGCCCUGCCGAGGUGAACAUCAACUCAGCAGUGUACCCUGGAGGUCCACCUGUUCCAGUGCAGACCCCAAAGUUGCUCAGGUUUGUAGAUACAACGGAGAUGAUGCGUGGACCACAGGACUUGCCAGGUUACUGGGUGGUUUCAGGUGCAAAGCUGCAUCUUGAGAGGGGCAAGAUUUCGCUGCGGGUGAAAUACUCACUCUUGACAGUAAUGCUGCCUGAUGAUGAGUUUUCACCUGAUGAUGAAUUUUAGAACCAUGCUCAUUUGUUUUGUGUGCAGCUAACAUUGAGAACACAAUUAAGGAUGUAGGAUUUUCGUAGCAUUUGUAAGUGCACUAGCCGUAAGUCUCUGUUGUGUACAUUGUGGCUUGUAAAUUGUUGAAUGGAGCGAGAGAAUUUGUUGUACCA